AACAUCAGGUUCGAUCACAUGAUUAAAACAUGGCGGAAGGGCAAGAAAGCCGAGAAAAUGGAGAAAGUGAGCAAACAUCUAAUUCAGCCAAUAUUGCUGCACCAAAUGGACACGUAUCUUUUGAUUCCAUGGUUGACGCAUAUGCACAAGAGUAUCAAAAUCUUGACCAAACACUGGAUGAAAUAGAUUCCUGGAUGACGAAGCUUGAACAACAAAAUGACAGCUUAAAUGCCGAGCUGGACGAUCUGUUAGAGUCCAGUCGUCAAGCACGCAAAGAACUACAAGAGCAGAACAGUAAUCAAGCAGAAAAUGACACUGAAACAGAAAGUUCCAAUAGUGAUCCACAAAAAAAUAUAGAAAAUAGCAGUGCGAUGGAAAUUUCUAAUAAUGAUCCAGAAAAAGAUAUAGAAAUCAACACUGCAAAAAUGGAAAGUUCUGAUAGUGAUCCACAAAAGGAUAAAGAUAAUGAUUGAUGACAGCUUAUAUCUAAUAUACAAGAUACUUAUUUUAUUAAUCAGGUAUAGCUUAGGAAUAGUAAAUGUGGAGGUGGGAUCAAUUCCGAUUCGUGCUAGUCAAAGAAGUCGCCCACAAUACCUGUAAUUGGAGGAGAUUUUUUUUCACAGUGAUAAUGUUAAAUACAAAUGCUGAAUAUCCAUGACUUUGUCUAGAAUUAAAAAAACUAACUGCCAAAAUUACACAGAGGGACUUGUAGGUACAUGCACAGUUUAUAUGAGACUUCAGUGUGCACACUUAGUCUAAAUAGUAGUGUUACAGAAAAGUAUUAUAUCACUAAAUUGUAAUAUUCUGUUCAUUCUAAUGUGAAGUCAAACUUUUAUGUUUUUAUUUUCAUGUAGCAUGCUGUUUUUGAUCAGGCUGGAGUCAUUUACAAUUUAACAGUAAAUAGUACCAAAUAUGUCUAAAUUUCACAAGAAUGAGCUAUGUUUUUAUAUUGCAACAAGGUCUAAAAUGGCAUUGAAAAUUGUCAAGAUUCUGACAAUGAUGCAUUUUAAGUUGCACCCAUUGUUAUGAUGUUGUAAGAGUAAGACACAAGAUUUAUUACAUUAUUAACUUUAGAGUGCUCAGAGUGGAAACAUUUAGAAAAUAAUUAUUAGCAAAAUUGAAUUAUCUGUUUUCUGUUUUAGCGAUUAAAAUUGUUAUUAAAAGAAAUUUUCACUCUGAUUCAAAUUUUCAAAAUGUGUUUUGACUGAAGUAAGAGACCAUUUGACUUCAGAAAUUUUCUUAGCAAAUUUGAUUAUAAAUUGGUAUUUUAUAGCUUGGUUCAAAUGAGACAUUCCAUUAUUUCUGUAAACAUUCCGCAGUUAUUUCCAAUUUAAGGUAGGUGGUUGCUUAAGGCAAUUUGAAAUGAAAACAAAAUAUGUUUGGGAAGUUAGCUAUUUGGCUGUUCAGGGAAAGAGGCCAUUUGGUACAGGUGGCCGCUACGGCAGGUUUAUUCAUAUAAAAACAGGGGCGUGGCCAUAUGACUGUAGUCUAACUAAGUAACUUAGACUAGAAAAGGGUUAUUAUGUCUCCUGCCACUUUGUGAGACAUAUUGUUUUUGCCCUGUCUGUCUGUCUGUACGUCACACUUCAUUUCCUAUCAAUAACUGGAAAACCAUUUGACCUAGAACCUUCAAAUUUCAUAGGAUGGUAGGGCUUAUAGAGUAGAUGGCACCUAUUGUUUUUGGGGUCACUCCAUCAAAGGUCAAAGUCACAGUGGCCUAUACAUGGAAAACCAUUUUCGAUCAAUAACUUGAGAACCAGUACUUGACCAAGAAUGUUGAAACUUCAUAGGAUGAUUGGUCAUGCAGAGUAGAUGACCUCUAUUGUUUUUGGGGUCACUCUAUUAAAGGUCAAGGUCACAGCAGACAGAACAUGGAAAUCCAUUUCCAAUCAAUAACAUGAGAACCACUUGAUCCAGAAUACUGAAACUUCACAGGAUGAUUGAACAUGCGGAGUAGAUGACCCCUAUAGAUUUUGGGGUCACUAUUAAAGGUCAAGGUCACAGCAGACAGAACAUGGAAAUCCAUUUCCGGUCAAUGAUUUGAGAACUAUUUGACCUAGAACCUUCAGACUUCAUAGGGUGAUAGGACUUACGAAGGAGAUGACCCUUAAUGUUUUCGGGGUCACUCCAUCAAAGGUCAAGGCCACAGAAGGCUGAACGUAGAAAACUCUUUCCAAUCAAUAACUUGAAAACCACUUGACCCAGAAUUUUGAAACUUUUUGGGCCACUCUAUGAAUGGUCAAGGUCACAGGGGCCUGAAAAUGGAAAACCGUUUCCAAUUCAUAACUUGAGAACCACCAGGCCCAAAAUGUUGAAAAUUAAUGGUAUGAUUGGACAUGCCAAGUAGAUGAUCCCUAUUGCAGCCAACCAUCAGUGUCUCUUCGACUUUUGCUCUUGUCUCCUAUUGACUUCUUUCCUAAACGACUAUGCACUGGGGGAGACAUAUGCUUUUUUUUUUUUUACACAUCCAUCUUUUAGUUGAAAGAUGUUUUCUGUUAAAUGCUCUUUACAAUUGAGCUGUUGUACUGAGUUUCUUUGUUUAACCAGAAUUACACUAGAGAACAUACUGGUAACAUUGUGAGUUAUAGAUUAUCAAAAGACCAAAUGUAAACUUGGAUAUUUAACUCCCAGCUUAUUCUAUAUAUUGUUGUCUGUACCUGUUUUUAUAUCUAUUAGAUAGAAUGUCAAUAAAGUAAUAAAACAGA